UCUUUGCAAGUUAUCAUCAGAUUUUCCAAGAUGGCGGCCCGUCGCUUGGUUUCUCGUUGUGCAAGUCUUUGGAGAAUAAAUACCAUUACUAGACCAUCUUUAGCGAGAGCACAAAGCAUAUUUACCAAGGAAAGGGAACCACCGAACGGUUUUCUCUUUAAUGAAAAGCCACGUAAACCUGGAGAGAAGAGAGAGUGGGAAUCUUGGGAAGAUAUAUGGUACAGAUGGUGGGUGAUCAUGUUUGUUGUUGGUGGAGUUCUUUUCUAUUACAAGCCAGACACCAGUCCUCAGACCUGGGCCAGACAAGAAGCUGUACAGAGAAUUGCAGAACAAGAAGCCAAUGGGAAUGAGGCUGUAGAAGGAGAUAAUGAGGAGUGAUUUUUAGGCUAAUAUUUCUUUAUUUGAGAAUGUAAUCUUGUUUGUUCUUUACCUUGUAAAUAAAGCUGAACUUAAUUGCUUCACAUCA